AAUUUCGACCAACUUAAACGCAGAACUAGCGAUUUUGAGUUUUCAGUCGCUGAUAUCGAAUCAGCCCACGUCGAAAGAUCGCUGAAAUGAUGCGUAGCUUUGUAAACAUGUUUACUUCGCACUUUGCAGUGUUUAUGCAAUGUGAUCUGUGUGCAUGGAGACCGUAGGCAGUACAAGGGAGUGUGACACAAUUUUACAGAAACACAUCUUGAUUUAAUAUGCAAUAUGGACAUUAAUAAGUGCAAACAACCAUUUCUGCAGUAAAAUGAGGGAGUACGUGAGGUAUCAAGCUACUGCAUCAAGGGACCCCAUUUGGACGAGAGUAUCAGACGACCCUCAACGCGAACAGUUGUCAGAUGGUAACCGAAACCGCAAGAAUACACCCUCAGAGGGUAGAUAUGGCUCAACAGGUGUAUCAGAUGGUGCAAAGAAAGGCCUUACAGUGCUUUCAACUGCGAUUUUUAUUGCUGGGGAAAUGGCUGGCAGUGGAGUCUUAGCAUUGCCAAGAGCUGUUGUGGAUUCAGGAUGGAUUGGCCCCAUACUUGUCAUAAUAUUCUGCAUUAAUUCUGCAUAUGGUGGUGCUCGCCUUGGAGAUUGUUGGGCAAUUUUAGAAGAAAGGUAUCCAGAGUACAGAACACCUGUCAGGAAUCCCUAUGCUACUAUUGCUUACAGAGCUGUUGGCCGGAAGACAAGCUUGCUGGUAUCAGGAUGCAUACAGUUCACCCUUUUUGGUGCUGGUACAGUAUACUUGUUACUUGCAUCACAAAUGGUGCAGGAACUGCUGGAAGAUUUUGUAACAAGAGUCAACUUCUGUGUCUGGUUCCUGGUUAUUUGCAUCAUACUAACUCCAGCGAUGUGGUUGGAAUCGCCAAAAGAUUUUAGCAUUGUAGGUGUUGGUGCUCUGCUUACCACAGCAUUUGCAUGUGUCUUCAUCUUCUCUCAGAUAGUAAUAGAGGGAAUGGAUAAUAAAUAUCCAGUGCUCCACAAACCUCAUAGUUUCCACAGGUUUUUCCUUGCAUUUGGCACAAUUUUGUUUUCAUUUGGUGGAGCAUCAACAUUUCCUACUAUUCAAAAUGACAUGAUAAAUAAAAGCAAAUUUUCCACAAGCGUUGUAGUUGGUUUUUCUGUGAUUUUGAUGCUGUACUUUCCUGUGGCACUUGCUGGAUAUAUUGUUUAUGGUGAUCUUGUCAGCGCUAAUAUCACUCUGUCUAUCAACAAGUCAUAUCUGAUCAUAUGUGCAAAUAUCCUUAUGGGUAUCCAUUUGAUAUUGGCGUUUCUCAUUGUUAUCAAUCCUGUGUGUCAAGAGCUGGAGGAAGCAUUCCAGGUACCUCAUAAAUACAAUUGGAAACGGUGUUUAUUGCGGAGCAUCAUGAUGCUGACAAUGCUUUUUAUUGGAGAAAGCAUACCAAAAUUUGGAAAGAUCUUAUCUCUUGUGGGAGGUUCAACUAUAACGCUAAUGACAUUUGUUUUCCCAUCAUUCUUUUAUAUGAAGCUUUGUGACCAAAAAUCAGUGGAAUGGACUGAAAGGUAUAUCCCGAUACAUCAUCGUAUUUAUAUGUGGGAGCUAAUUCUCAUAGGAGUGCUAGGUGGAGCUGCUGCCACAUACAGUGCCAUCGUGGACAUAUUUGGGGCUGGUUCUAUGACAAAACCAUGCUAUGUUUCUUGGAAACAUUAAUGUUUGAGUGCUGAAUAUCUGGAUGUCUGUUGUGAAAAGAAUACAACAAAGCUUAUUAAGAAUUUACUAUUACUCAGCUAAAAAUAUAUUUAUUUGUUAGAGGAAAUUUCUGCAAUUUUUCCCCAAAGAGUGAGUUUAGUGCAGCUUUUUGUCAUAUGCAACAGUGUUUUCUGUGAUUGAGCUUAUAGUUAUGGAAGUUUGUUCAUGAAUUUUGGUAUCUCUCAUGGCUUCAAAGAAUGAUAAUGAAAAUGUUUUGUAAUUUGUUGUGUUACUGAUGAGUGUUGUAACACUGAUUAGGCUUGUUAUGAAAAUGUUGUGUUAUAAAAAAUAUAAAUACUAUCUUUUCCUGUUAAUUCAGAAGCAAAAAUUGAAAGUUUUGUAUCUGAAGUUACAUUGUGCAUUCCACAGGCUGUGAUCUGUUGCUACUAUGUGCCUGAGUAAGGCUGUGUAUUUUGCGUAGAAUUCCAUGAUUUUAGUAGAUUUCUUUCUGCUAAGGAAGGGAGGAAUUUAAUGCCGUAUUUUUGACAAUUAACCAAAAAUUAAACCUCAUUGAAGAAAAUAUAUUUAAGUGUAUUCUUACUGUAUUGCAUGCAACUGUAUGUUAUUUGUCAUAAAAGACAAAAGCAUCUUUCCAGGUAUGGAAGGUAAGAAAUAAAAAAUGUUUAACCAUACAUCAUUUGAUAGUAUUUAUUGAAUUUAUAAUGAAAUUGUCAUACAUAAGAUUUGUUUAUGCACAUAAUUUAUAAAUGGCAUUGACAAGAUGUGUGAGCUAUAUGUAGAAUUUGCUGAACAUGAUUGGAAGUAGUGUCAGUUUUGGAACUAACUGAUUCUUUCUCAUAUAUGAGAAAAUGAUACAACCAAAUACAAAUUUGGUGGCUUUGCAAGCAUGUUCUCUUUUGAGCAGUGACUUAAUAUACAACGAGAAAUAAUUUAUCUUUCAUAAAAUUAUACAUUUCAUGUCAAUGUCUACUUUUUGAAACAGGAAACAAAAAUUUAUGAAGUGUGUUAAUUUUUAAGCCCAACGAAAAUGUACAUAAAUAAUUAUAACCGGUGAUCUGAAAAGUCAUUAUCAACUACCUCUUCAUGUAUGUGAUUUGCAUUUUUAUAAUUUAUUUACUGUGCAUGCAAGAGUGUAUUUAAGUGCACAAUUUUACUGUAUUGCUACGUUUUAUAGACAACUGUCAGUAACUAAAUGUAGACUAUUUUUGUAAUAAUGCAGCUUACACUUGAACAGUAACUAAAAAGUAUUGUUUAAAGUGAAAUUGUGAUCAUUAUUUGUAUUGUUUUAAUAUAUUUAAAUUUGUGUUUUAUACCUGCUUGAGUUUAAUAUUUGAAUUUCCUUUGUAUUGUAUCCCUCUGAAUUAAGGAUGUUUGAAAGUGAUCCUGAAAUGGAGCUAUUGUGAACUUCAUGUCUACAUGUCAGAGGAAAUUGAGCUGAUUAUGCAAGUACAUGUACAUAACCUCUAAUAUUACAGAACAUGCCUCUAUUAAAUCAAUAAGAAAGUCUCAGGAUCUUAUCAAAAAAAUGUGAAAGUGAAUAAAAAAAACUGUAGAGGGCAGGAGGUGACCCAUGAACUUAAACUCUGUGGUCCACAGCUAUAUCCACUACACUAGCAUGAUCCAGCAAGCUUAGGUGUCUUAUAUUGUAUGAUGCCCAAAUCACUAAUAAGUCAUUAACUGAAUUUUAAUUAUAACAAAUCAUACCAGUAACAACAUCUUUGUGAUAUGUCAUAAAUGCAGCAUUGCCUUGAAACAUGAUGCUGCAAUAAAGGCAAGUUAAAAUAUCAAAACAACAAAAAUUCUAUAACCAUUGACAGGAGCUUUCCUGUCACUUUCUUACAACAAAUUUUACUAAUAGUGGUGUGUUUUCAAGAGAUGCUUGAUGUGCUAGUGCUUUGAAACUACAUCUAUUUAUAGGAUGUAAGUUGUUGGUGUUAUCUUAGUUCUGCUUGUGAUGCACAUGACGUACAAGUGAUGUAUGACGGCUAACCCAAAAUGACUGAGCCUUAGAAAGACUCAUAAGAGCUGCACUCUGUUGAAGGCAAACCACCAAACCUUGGCUACAUAAGAGCUCGACCGACAAUUCAAGAUGAGACUUAAUUACUAUCUGUAAGAAAAACAGUAAAUAU